AUGGGUCAAGGAGAGUCGCAUGAGGCGCCUCGGUUGACACUGGAGCAGCUCUCACACACCAUCGCCGAGCGAUUCGCGCAAAAAUGCUUCACGCCACUUGAACUCUACUGCUUCCACUCUGUGUUCCGCUCACUGGCCGACACGCAAUCUGGGGUGCACUACUGGAGCGAAGCAACACUAUGUCGGUUCCUGGAGCUGCCUGACGUGCUAGGCGUGGGCUCCGUCGUCUUCCAGAUGGCAAGCUACCUAGGCGCUUUUCCGCUGCCGAGCCAGGCGCCGGCGAUACUGACGCACAAUGCGCUGCUCAAGGUGGUGACUAUCCUGACGGAGCGGUAUGGAGCUGUGGUGAAGAAGAGGGGGAGGGAGAUUUGGCUGCGGGAGAUUUAUCGCAGCCUGGCGAUUUACGACAAGGGGAUUCGGUCGAGCGUUGAGGAGAGAGAGAAGGAGAUGGCGAGAGAAGAGGAGGAAAAGAAGAAACGGGGUGGAAAUCUGGGAUUUGCGAUUGAUGCGCCUGACGAAGGGGAGCAGGACAGCGAUGAGGAUGACGAGGAUGACGAGCUGGUGCUGGCUGCGCUGGAGUCGAUGGACGCGAUUGACGUGUUCAAGCAUGGGGAGCAGGCAAACGUGCAUCACUCGAUUAUUCCGACAGAUAACUUUCUCAAGCUCGUGGAGCUGUUGCUGCUGAUUGCGCCGAUUGAUGCGCAGCAGAGCCUCGCGACACUGGCCCCGGAUUUGUCAGAUGAAAGAGUUGCCGAGCUGCGACAGGCGGCGCAUGUCAUACUGGCGUCUUUUGGCGUUGAGAAUCACCCGGGCGUUACGUAUCGCACUUUCGACACGGUUGUUUCCACUUCGCUGCCAUAUCUGUUCAACGGUCUCAACCCGCUGUUUGAGCACUUCCUUUUUGCAAAGGAUUUCGACCUCUCCAAGCGCAAAUCUGGGGCUGCGUCGCCCACCCAAGAGACCAAACCUGUUAUACCGCCGCCGAAAGUGGAACUAGAGCCAGUCUUGCGGGAUUCGGGCGAGAUCCUCAACUUGACUACGUUAAGUCAGUUGUCAUUUUUCAUCAAAGGCAGUAAUCUUUUCCGACGACUGCGGCCUCUAUACAGCGGCAACACGCACGGAUUCAGCAUGGGCUCGUUCGAGAAACAAGUCUUCAACUGGCGCGCGCCCACGAUUCUGCUCGUAAAAGGCCGUCUGUUGCCUGUGACUCCGUCCAGCACACGCGAACGCGCAUUACAAGAUAUGCUGCCGCCCAGGCGCCAUGGCGAUAGCAUCACUGCUGCCUCGCCUAACCAGACGCUCAUCUACGGCGCUUACAUCUCCUCGCAGUGGAAACACACAGGCAAGACGUGCUUCGGCGACUCUUCAACCCAGCUCUUCCAGCUCUCGCCCACACACGAUGUCUUCACCGCAUCGGCAUACAGCUCAGACUACGUGUACUUCAACAAGUCGCCCACGCACCCCGCGGGCAUUGGCCUUGGGACCCCCAUCCCCGCUCAAUCCGCUUCUUCGUCGUACUCUUCGCACGCCGUGUUUCGACCGGGCGCCGUGUCGCUGCAUCUCGACGAUGCGCUGGAAUUCGCUAUCUUCACGCACAUGGCUGAGGGCGGGGGCUCAUUCCACCCGUCGAGGCUUCCAGGCAGGAAAUCAAAAGACUGGCAGGAUCGGUUUGAGAUUGAGAGCCUCGAGGUUUGGGGCUGUGGCGGUGACGACGUCGCGGAGCAGCAGAGGAGGGAGUGGGCGUGGCAGGAGAGAGAGGCUGAGGCUAGGAGGAGGAUCAAUCUGGGGACGGGCGAUAAGGAUAUGGAUAGGGAAUUGUUGAAAAUGGCAGGGAUUAUUGGGGGAGAGAGAAGUGGUGGGAGUAUGUAAGCUGGGGGAGUUAC